GAGGUUCUCUCCGAUUUCCGAACGCUGCAGUACUACAUCGCCGCGGCCCCUGUCGACCCCGAGGACACGGGUGACUACUACACCGAGGGCUGGGCCGCUCUCCGCCAGUGUUCACUGGAUGGACAGCACAUUCUGGAAUGUGCGGCGGACACGAGCGUGCCUAACCCUCCUGGUGGCGAGGACGAGCAGAUGAAGGCCGAGCUCAAGCAGGUUCUUCUGGACGCGUACGCAAGACGACACGAGGGGCAGAAGAUCUAUCUUCGUCAGGCGGCAGCGCAACGAUGGGUCGAAUACCGACGACAGGUGCUGCAGAGCGGCUCACCAUCGAGAAACCAGUCGCAACUCCGAGCCUGCGACCGCCAACUUCGAACGGAACUGGCAGCCAUCACCGACGAAGUAAUCUACGCCGAGCUCAAGGCCUCGGACGAAGGAAUGGGCCGCUGGACGGCCGAAGACCCCAGCCUUCGAAGCGUGCUCCGCUGGCUUCGAGCACGCCGAUGA